AUGGAUUCAUAUAUAAAAGUACAACUUGAUUUAAAUGAGAGAAUUAACAAAGCAAAGUCUAAUUUUAAAAAGUCACCAAAGGAGAGACUUCGUUCUUUGGAUUAUAUUAACACUAGAUUAGAAGCUUUAGAAGAAUUAUGGCAAACUUUUACUUCAAAACAUAUACAACUUAUUGAAAGUACAGACACAAAAGUUUUAAAUUCUAGCUCUUAUGUCAGUAAUAGCAUCUAUGAGUCCACUGAAGAGUUGUAUAUAGAGUAUAAAUUUCUACUAAAAGAAUGUUUGAGUAAAUUAAAGCAGAAUAGUAUUGAAAAUGCAAGUUGUUCCGGACAAAAUAAUGACAGUAAAGAUAUUGAUUGUAGUUUUAAUUUACCUAAAAUUUCUAUUUUACCAUUUUCGGGCAAGUAUUCUGAAUGGUUUAGCUUCAAAGACCUCUUUAUAUCUUUAGUACACAACAAUAAACGUUUAGAUGAAGUACAAAAAUUACACUACCUAAAGGGAUUAUUAAUUGGGGAAGCUGAGCAACUGCUUCGACAUGUACCGAUCACGCAUGAUAAUUAUAAAAAUUGUUGGGAACAGUUGGAGAGAAGAUAUAACAACAAAAAAUAUUUAUCGAACUGUAUUAUGAAACGAUUUAUGAGUCAGAAAAUCAUCGGUACUGAGUCAGCCAGUGCAUUAAAAGAGUUGCUAGACACUACUAAUGAAUGUCUUCAUGGUCUUAACAAUUUGGGUAUAGACACUAGUACAUGGGAUGUGCUUGUAAUUUAUAUAUUAUGCCAAAAACUAGACGGAGAAUCUCGGAAACAAUGGGAGUUAAAAAUCAGCGAGUUCUCUGAAGAGUUACCUACUUUGAAACAAUUUCAAGCCUUCAUAGAAACUAGAUUUAGAGCAUUUGAGUUUAUAGAUCCAAAAUUGUCUAAGUCCAAUGUAGUACAUAAGAGUAAUAUUGUUCAUAGUAAUCCUAAAGUAUAUCAUACAGCCACACUUAUUUGUCCUUACUGUUCUGAAAAUCAUCGUUUGUCACAUUGUAAAAAGUUCUCUAAUGAUGAAACAGAUACUAGACGUAAUUUCGUUCAAUCUCAGGGUUUAUGUUUUAAUUGUUUAGGUUUAGGGCACUCGGUAUUUGCAUGUCGUCAGAUUUCUCGUUGUCGUUUAUGCAGGCGGAAGCAUCAUUCGUUGCUACAUCCAAAAAAUAUUACCAAUCAUAAUUCAACCGACACUACAGGUAUUGCUAAUCAAUCGGUUGAACAAGACGUCGUAGCACACGCGUCCACAUCAUCAUCGUCUCAAGAUGAAGCCACUAGUGUCACAGCCUGUUUUUCGACCUCAAACUGUCAAGUAUUACUUGCAACAGCAUUAGUAAGCGCACAGUCGAAAUCAGGUAAUGGUAUCACACUUCGGUGUUUAAUAGAUCCAGGUUCUCAAGCUAGUUUUAUUACAGAAUCUGCAGUACAAUUGCUUAAUAUAAGGAAGGUACCACACAAAAGCAUUAUUACAGGAUUAGGGAGUGAUCAAGGUCAUUCGUUGACCUCUAAGUCUAUGGUUUCGGUUACACUACAGUCACUUCUUGAUUCCAACUUUACAUUUAAAGUACAGGCUUUUGUUUUGAGUAAAGUAACUUCAUUCCUUCCUGAAAAGCAAAUUAUUGUAGAUUUAUGGUCGGAGUUCUCAAACAUAGAACUAGCAGAUCCAUCAUUUCGGAAACCAAACAAAAUCGACAUUCUUCUUGGAGCUGAUGUUUACAGUCAGAUUUUGUUAGAUGGUGUAAUUAAAGGACCUCCAGGUGUACCUAUGGCUCAGCGAACUUCGCUUGGCUGGAUAAUUUCUGGCUCUGUAAAUAUAGGUUCAUCAAUGACAAAAAAUCCAAUAAGUAUGCACAUUUCUCAUGUAAAUGAAGAUGAGUUAUUAAAGAGAUUUUGGGAAUUAGAAGCUGAUACUUGUUUAGAUUCAAACAAGCAUUUAACUGACGAAGAUAAGAAAUGUGAGGAGAUAUUUACAAACACUACGAAGCGCGAUGAUUCAGGUAGAUACAUAGUAAAUCUGCCUUUCCGUAGUGAUGAUCCUAGUUGUAAAUAUGGAAAUUCUAAAGAUAUAGCAAUAAAAAGGUUUUUGUAUCUGGAAAAAAGAUUACUGAGAGAUUCUGAUUUAAAAAUGAAAUAUGCUGAUGUUAUAUCAGAAUAUAUAGAGUUAGGACAUAUGGAGGAAAUACCUAUAGAUCAAUAUAACGAUCCUGAAGCAGUCUAUUUACCACACCAAGCAGUAGUGCGGGAAAAUAGAACUACCACAAAGGUAAGAGUUGUCUUCGAUGCGAGUUGUCCUGGUACCAAUGGCAUCUCAUUAAAUCAAGAUUUAUUAAUUGGGCCAACUCUUCAGCCAGAAUUGCGUCAUCUCUUAAUGCGUUGGCGUUAUUAUCCAAUAUGUCUUGUAUCUGACAUAGUAAAAAUGUAUAGACAAAUAAAGGUGGAGAAAAAACACACUAAUUUUCAACGUUUAGUCUGGCGCGAUGAUCCGGAAAGUGAUUUAAAGCAUCUAAAACUACUACGAGUAACUUUUGGUACAGCAUGCGCACCUUAUCUUGCUGUUCGAUGUUUACAUCAAGUAGCAUAUGAUGAUGGCGCUAAUUAUCCUCUAGCUACAGAAAGAGUUCUAAAUCAUUUUUAUAUGGAUGAUAUGCUAACUGGUUGUGAAUCUGUCGAAGAAGGCAAACAAAUCUAUAAGCAGAUGAAUGAAUUAUUACAGCGAGGAGGAUUUGAAUUACAGAAAUGGAGUAGUAACAGUGAAGAAUUAUUGAAAGAAAUUAGUGAAGAAAAUAUAGCUUUGAAAGGAAAUAUACAGUUAAAUGUAGAUAGUAUAAUGAAAAUUCUUGGCCUUACUUGGAAUCGAAGUAGUGAUGAAUUCGAAUAUGUUGUACAGUUACCUCAAAUGAAGAUACCAGUAACCAAAAGAAAUGUUAUAUCUGACAUCUCUCGUAUUUUUGAUCCACUUGGAUGGUUAGCUCCAGUGGUUAUCAGAGCAAAAAUAUUUAUUCAAAAAUUAUGGCUUUCUGGUAUAAACUGGGAUGAUGAAUUACCUACACACCUGUUAAAUGAGUGGCUAUUGUACAGAGAAAAUCUACACAAACUUACCGACAUUAAGUUUGAACGAUGGAUUAACACUCACAGCGAUGAUCUACUUCAAGAACUGCAUGGUUUCUGCGACGCAUCCAAUGAAGCAUAUGCAGCUGUAGUAUACCUGCGUGUAGUCAAUAGACAAGGUGAAAUAAAAGUUAUGUUAAUUGCAUCAAAAACCAAAGUAGCGCCCUUAAAACAAAUUUCUAUUCCGCGUUUAGAAUUGUGUGGAGCAGUGCUUCUAACACGUCUACUAAUUGAAGUAGCAGAGAUUAUGAAGUUAAAUAAGACAAACACAUAUGCUUGGACGGAUUCAACCAUCGUACUAGCAUGGCUUAAUAGCAGACCUACUAGGUGGAAAACAUUUGUAGCGAAUCGUGUAUCAGAGAUAAUCACUUCAUUGGAACCAAGUCAAUGGGCUCAUGUUAGUUCAAAGUAUAAUCCUGCUGAUUGCGCAUCUCGUGGUGUGAUGGAUUUAGAAAAUCAAGGUCUGUGGAAAUAUGGUCCCUCUUGGCUAAAAGAUAAAAUUAUAAAUUUUGAUAGACCUGUAGGAGAAACUAAUUUAGAAGAAAAGAAGAUGAAAACACAUUUAACACAUAUUUGUACAAAUAAAAAUGAAAACAGAGUUGAAAAUGAAAUGAUACUGCGAUUUUCUUCAUUGAAUAGAUUGUUGCGUGUUGUUGCACUAUGUAGAAGAUUUUUAUAUCGUUGUCGUAAACAAAAUGUGUUAAUAGAAUUUAUAUCAAGAACUGAAAAGGAAAUUAGUUUAAAAACAUGCAUAAAAAUAAUUCAGGAGACUUACCUUUACGAUGAAUUGAAAAAUCUGAAAGAAAAGGGAAAGAUUAAUAAAAAAAGUGUACUUACCUCUUUGAGUCCAUGGAUUGAUUCAGAAGGAAUUUUAAGAGUAGGAGGUCGGUUGCAGUGUACUAAGAUUAGUGAAGAUAUAAAACAUCCUUACAUUAUACCACAAAAAUCGCAUUUUACCGAAUUAUUGUUGAGAGAUACUCAUGAAAAAACUUUACACGGAGGUCCUCAGUUGAUGCUCAAUUAUUUACGCUCAAAAUUCUGGAUUAUGGGUGCCAAAAGAUUAAUUAAACAGUAUGUUCAUAAAUGUGUACGUUGUGUGAGAUUUUCAAGUCGAAUUAAAAAUCCUUUCAUGGGACAAUUACCAUCAAGUCGUACUGCAGUCAAUCGUGCUUUUUAUCAAAGUGGUGUAGAUUAUGCGGGUCCAAUCAAUCUUCGUGUUUCUAAAGGUAGAGGACAUCGUUCUUAUAAGGGCUACAUAUGCUUAUUUAUAUGUAUGUCUACUAGAGCAAUACACUUGGAAGCAGUGAGCGAUUUAUCGACAGAAGGAUUUCUAGCUGCUUUCAAACGUUUUGUGUCUCGUCGCGGUCAUUGUGCUGAUGUGUGGAGCGAUAAUGGUACGAAUUUUGUUGGGGCAUCACGGGAACUAAAGACACUGUAUGGCAAGGAAAUGUCAUCUAUGACAAGUGAAAUUGCAAAUGCAUUGGCCAACAAUGGAACCAAUUGGCACUUUAUCCUUCCGCAUACCCCUCACUUUGGAGGGUUAUGGGAAUCAGGAGUAAGGUCUACAAAACAUCAUUUAAGAAGAAUUAUCGGCAACACAACACUGACAUAUGAAGAGAUGGCCACUGUCCUGACACAAAUUGAGGCAUGCCUCAAUUCUAGACCAAUCUCUCAAAUUACUAAUAACAUAGAAGAUCCGAUGCCGCUAACACCUGGACAUUUCUUAGUAAUGGAGCCUUUGUUGCUUCCUGCAGAUGCUAAUUAUGAAAAAUCAUCAAUUACUAUGUUAAAAAGAUGGCAAUUUACUCAGAGAUUAGUUCAAGAUUUCUGGAGACGAUGGUCUCGUGAAUAUUUAACUCAGUUUCAUCAUCGCUACAAAUGGAUUCAUAAGACACCAGAACCUUCAAUAGGUGAUAUUGUGUUAGUAAUGGAGAGUGAUCUUCCUCCUGCAAAAUGGCUUUAUGGUAUUGUUGUUCAAAAGCAUCCUGGAUUGGACGGGACCGUGUGCCAUCUCCUAUCGGAGGUUGGCGAUCAUUAUGGCGAUCUUUGCUUUGUCCGCGACGGUCCUGAAAAGAGACUUGGUGCUCAACCCAACCCACUGAGGUUUUUAACCAGGGACCGUGUGCCAUCUCCUAUCGGAGGGACCGUGUGCCAUCUCCUAUCGGAGGUUGGCGAUCAUUAUGGCGAUCUUUGCUUUGUCCGCGACGGUCCUGAAAAGAGACUUGGUGCUCAACCCAACCCACUGAGGUUUUUAACCAGGAACCGUCUGCCUGGUCUGCGGCAACCAUACGCUCUUUCAUGUCCGAAUAGGCUAUCAUGCAGAAAAGAAAGUGUGUAUAUAAAUUUAGAAAAAGAGAAUAAAAAAGACAACUCGCGCAGCCAGCACGCGCAUUCCCGCUCCUUCAAUUGCGCGUGCUUUAGCGCUAAUGUAGACAAAAAGACUGAAAAAGAUAGCUCGCGCAGUCAGCUCGCGCGUUCACACCCCUUCAAUUGCGCAUGCUUUAGCGCUAAUGUAGACAGAGAGAUUGAGAAAGACAGCUCGCGCAGCCAGCACGCGCGUUCUCGCUCCUUCAAUUGCGCGUGCUUUAGCGCUAAUGUAGACAGAGAGAUUGACGCUAAUGUAGACAGAGAGAUUGAGAAAGACAGCUCGCGCAGCCAGCACGCGCGUUCUCGCUCCUUCAAUUGCGCGUGCUUUAGCGCUAAUGUAGACAGAGAGAUUGAGAAAGACAGCUCGCGCAGCCAGCACGCGCGUUCCCGCUCCUUCAAUUGCGCGUGCUUUAGCGCUAAUGUAGACAGAGAGAUUGACGCUAAUGUAGACAGAGAGAUUGAGAAAGACAGCUCGCGCAGCCAGUUCGCGCGUUCCCGCUCCUUCAAUUGCGGAUGCUUUAGCGCUAAUGUAGAGAGAGAGAUUGAGAAAGACAGCUCGCGCAGCCAGCACGCGCGUUCUCGCUUCUUUAAUUGCGCGUGCUUCAGUGAUUUAUAA